GGGACCAUCGCGACGGUCAAUGGUGAUGGUCGAACCGUUCCUUCGUCGUCGUUGGUCGUCAUCGUCAUCGCCGUCGUUGUCGUUGUCGUUGUCGUUGUCGUUCUCUCACUUGUUCCACUUGAUUUAAAACAGUGAAACAGAAACAGUCCCACUUGUGUCGCGAUCGCGCGCGUAUCGCAGUGUUUCGAACGCAACAAAUGCGCUCGUUCCUGCUAAACAUUUUUUUUUCUCCUCUCAAUUCUCAUUGUCUCGCACUUGGAUAUUUUCAAUUAAAGUGAAAAUUAUCAUUAUGUUGUGAGUGUUUAUUAAAAAAAACAGCAAUUCUCUUAAAAAAAUAGUUUCGAAAAUAACAGAAAGUAUAUCAUAACAGGACAAAGGAAUUUAUAAAAUGGCAUGAAAAGUGUUGACAAAUUGCAAAAGAAGUGUGUGACGAUAUAGAAAUAAAAAAAAGACUAUUAAAAGUAGGAAAAAAAAGGAAUAAUAAAAGUGAUAUAACUUUGAGGAAAGAGAAGAAGUAUUCGGCCUUUUUGUUAUUGCACAUUUCACAAGAAUAAUCAAUCAAUCAAUCAAUCAAUCAAUCAAUUUUUUUUGGAAAAUCAUUUAACGAUAAAUUUGAAAAUAAAAUAAACAACAAUGAAGCUCGAGGGUCACAGUUCACGGGACGAUGAUUCCAAUGGAAUUUUAUUGCAAUCCAGAAAAAAUUCUGCAGUCCGACUACAAAUUGUGCCGGCGCAACCAAAAACCAUAACCCAUUUACCAAAACGGCCACCUGUUGAUUUGGCCUUUACCGAUCUGACGUAUAAAGUACGAGAGGGACGCAAAAACAAUGUCAAAACAAUUCUCAAAUCUGUCAGUGGAAGACUUCGAUCAGGGGAGUUGACAGCAAUAAUGGGACCUUCAGGGGCUGGAAAAUCGACACUUCUUAACAUCCUGACAGGAUACAAAACUACUGGAACGGAAGGCAGCAUCACAAUGAACGGUCACGAGAGGAAUUUGAGUGCUUUUAGAAAAUUGUCAUGCUACAUAAUGCAAGACAAUCAACUUCAUGGCAAUCUUACUGUCGAGGAAGCAAUGAAGGUCGCCUCUAGUCUCAAACUAGGCUCUCAUGUUUCACGAACAGAGAAAGAAGAAAUGAUUCAGGAAAUUCUUGACACUCUAGGAUUAUCAGAUCAUCGGCAAACAAUGACCUCGAAUUUAAGUGGCGGUCAAAAGAAAAGACUUUCCAUCGCACUAGAACUAGUUAAUAAUCCACCUAUCAUGUUUUUCGACGAGCCAACUAGUGGUUUGGAUUCAUCUUCCUGCUUUCAAUGUAUUUCGUUAUUAAAAACCUUGGCACGUGGGGGACGAACAAUUAUUUGCACUAUUCAUCAACCCAGCGCAAGACUUUUUGAAAUGUUUGACUCUCUUUAUACUUUGGCGGAGGGACAAUGUGUUUAUCAAGGCUGCACAUCACAAUUAGUUCCAUUUUUAAAAAGUCUCAAUCUCAAUUGUCCCAGUUAUCACAAUCCGGCAUCUUUCAUAAUUGAGGUGUCUUGUGGUGAAUAUGGAAACAACAUAAAAAACCUAGUGAAUGCAAUUAAAAAUGGUAAACGAGACGUUCGCCGUGGCUAUUCGUUUUCCGACGAAAAAGAAGCAUUAAAUAAUUCGUUGGCAGUGUCAGAGAUACCAAAGGAUACGGAAAUUGGCGCAAAAAUCACUGAAAUCAAGGACAAGAAUGACGCAAAUAAUAUUGAAGACAAGUUUCAGGAUAGAAAAACAAAUGAGAGUAAUGGAAUGAUUCCAAACUACGCAAGCAACGACAUUGCUAAGCAAAAUGAUGUAUCGAUAAGUCUCGAUGUAGAAAAGAAGGAUAACAUUAAUCUUUUGGACGAGACAAUUGUCGUAACUCCGGAAAGAUAUCCAACCUCAGAAUUUACACAAUUUUGGAUUGUUCUCAAGAGAACGCUGCUCUUCAGCCGGAGAGAUUGGACACUAAUGUAUCUUAGGCUCUUUGCCCACAUCCUCGUUGGUUUGUUAAUUGGCGCUCUUUACUACGACAUCGGAAACGAUGGCGCAAAAGUACUCAGUAAUCUUGGAUUUCUUUUCUUCAACAUGCUCUUUCUCAUGUACACUUCAAUGACAAUUACCAUUCUCUCGUUUCCUCUGGAAAUGCCUGUUCUUCUAAAAGAAAAUUUCAAUCGAUGGUAUUCGCUGAAAGCCUACUAUUUGGCAAUCACCGUUUCUGAUAUUCCCUUUCAGGCUAUCUUUUGCGUUAUUUACGUGACGAUAGUUUACUUCCUAACGAGCCAAUUGCCUGAAUUAUCGAGAUUCAGCAUGUUCCUUUCGGCCUGUUUAUUAAUUUCCUUCGUUGCACAAUCGGUGGGUCUAGUCGUUGGAGCGGCAAUGAACGUUCAAAAUGGUGUAUUUCUCGCUCCAGUGAUGUCGGUUCCUUUCCUAUUAUUCUCAGGAUUUUUCGUCAGUUUCGAUGCAAUACCCGUUUAUCUCAGAUGGAUCACUUAUCUCAGUUAUAUUCGUUAUGGCUUCGAAGGAACUGCCCUCGCCACUUAUGCCGAUCGGGCGAAAUUAAAAUGCUACCAGAUCUAUUGCCAUUUCAAGGAUCCAAAAACAACACUAGAAAAUUUGGACAUGUUGGACGCGGAUUUCAUGCUCGAUAUUCUUGCUCUACUGUUAAUUUUUGUUGUUCUGAGAAUUUCCGCUUAUCUCUUCCUACGUUGGAAGCUAAGAAGUGCUCGAUAAUUUUACAAAAAAAAUUCCGAUUUUAUGGAAAAAAUGAUUACUUUUUCGAGAAUUUUGCUCUUUAUACACAAAAAGAAUGCCUUAAAGAAAUAACAAUAAUAACAACAACAACAACAGAAAAAAGAAAA